AUGUCUUUCCAAUCCACCGCUCUCAUGACCCUCCCCUCAGUCAUCGACACCCCCGCAGCCAUGGACUCCUACAUCAGGCACGUCGAAUCUCUGCUUGCUGCCGAGAAGGCCGAAGCUGCCUCCCUCAGGAGCAUGUCAUCCGCCUCUCUCAAGAGCGCAUCAUCCACCUCCUCACGCUCCUCGCUACUGAAGAAAGUCUUCAAGAAGGAGAAGAAGAUUCCCUCCGAGGCGCCGUCGGCUAAGGCUGAGCGCAAGGCGCUGAAGGCUGAGGCUACUGCGACCUACCUUGCCAUCAGAUAG